UCAAAAUUAUUAAACCAAGGUAGCUGAAUUAGCUAUAAAGUGAUUCCUUUGUAAUUACUUCAUCUUCUGGACCUGAGAAAAGAUGGAGAUGCCGGUCUUCCCAGCACAGCAGAAAAGGCAAGUGACCACCAUUAUUUUCUUACUACUCUUGUGGGAGGUGGGCAGUGAAACUAUUAAAUAUUCCGUUCUAGAAGAAAGAGACAGAGGCUCUUUUGUAGGCAACCUAGCAGAAGAUUUGGGGCUAGGUGUAGAGGAGCUGGUCACUCGGGGUGCACAGAUUCUUUCCAGAGGGAACAAACAGCAUUUGCAGCUGGAACAGAAGAGUGGGGAAUUACUCCUCAAAGAAAGAGUGGACCGGGAAGAGUUGUGUGGGGACACAGAUCCAUGCAUUUUGCAUUUCCAGUUGCUACUGAAAAACCCGGUGCAGUUUAUUCAAGGUGAGCUACAGAUCCAAGAUGUAAAUGACCAUGCUCCAGAAUUCUUAGAAAAUGAAAUUCUCCUUAAAAUCGUGGAAAGCACACAUCCAGGGACCCUGUUUCCUUUGAAAAUAGCUCAAGAUUUGGACGUAGGCUGCAAUACAGUUCAGAACUAUUCAAUUAGCACCAACUCCCAUUUCCAUCUUCUCACUCGUAAUCACAGCGAUGGCAGGAAAUACCCUGAACUGGUGCUGGACAAAGCACUGGACCGGGAAGAGGAGCCUGAGCUCAGAUUAGUCCUCACAGCACUAGAUGGUGGGUCACCACCCAGGACUGGGACUUCUCAGGUUCUCAUUGUAGUUCUGGAUAUCAAUGACAAUGCCCCUGAAUUUGUUCAGGGACUCUACGGGGUACAGGUACCAGAGAACACUCCCGUAGGUUCCCUUGUCAUCACUGUAUCAGCUAGAGAUUUAGAUGCUGGGAUUCACGGAGAACUUUCCUACUCAUUUUUCCAAUCCUCAAAUCAAGUCAUUCAGGCCUUUGAAAUAAACACAGACACAGGAGAAAUUAGAUUAAAAAAACUGUUGGAUUUUGAGGAAAUUAAGUUUUACCGCAUGGAAAUUGAGGCCUCAGACGGCGGGGGACUUUCAGGAAAAUGCACUGUAGAAAUAGAAGUGCUGGAUGUAAAUGACAAUGCCCCUCAGUUGACGAUGUCACUAUUUAACAGUGACAUUCCAGAAAACGCUCCGGAAACUGUGGUCGCUAUUUUUGGAAUUUCAGAUCCAGACUCUGGAGACAAUGGGAAAAUGAAGUGUUCCAUCCAGAACAGUCUCCCUUUUCUUCUGAAACCUACAGUAGAAAAUUUCUACACAUUGGUCACAGAAGGCUCUCUGGACAGAGAAAACAGAGCAGAAUACAAUAUCACCAUUACCGUCUCCGACUUGGGGACUCCCAGGCUGCAAACCCAGCACACCUUCACCCUGCAGGUGUCCGACGUGAACGACAACGCCCCCGAAUUCACGCAGUCCUCCUACACCCUGUGGGUCCGCGAGAACAACAGCCCCGCCCUGCACAUUGGCACCAUCAGCGCCACAGACAGAGACUCGGGCAGCAACGCCCAGCUGACCUACUCGCUGCUGCCCGGCCCGCAGCCCGGCCCCGACGCGGCGGCGGCGCUGGUGUCCAUCAACGCGGACAGCGGGCAGCUGUUCGCCCUGAGGGCGCUGGACUAUGAGGCCCUGCAGGCGUUCGAGGUGCGCGUGCGCGCCGCCGACCGCGGCUCGCCCCCGCUCAGCAGCCAGGCGCUGGUGCGCGUGCAGGUGCUGGACGCCAACGACAACUCGCCCUUCGUGCUGUACCCGCUGCAGAACGCGUCUGCGCCCUGCACCGAGCUGCUGCCCAGGGCGGCCGAGCCGGGCUACCUGGUGAGCAAGGUGGUGGCGGUGGACCGCGACUCGGGCCAGAACGCCUGGCUGUCGUUCCAGCUGCUCAAGGCCACGGAGCCCGGGCUGUUCAGCGUGUGGCCGCACAAUGGCGAGGUGCGCACCGCCAGGCUGCUGAGCGAGCGCGACGCGCCCAAGCACAGGCUGCUGCUGCUGGUCAAGGACAAUGGCGAGCCGCCGCGCUCGGCCAGCGUCACGCUGCACGUGCUGCUGGUGGAUGGCUUCUCGCAGCCCUACCUGCCGCUGCCCGACGCGGCGGCGCCCGAGCGCGCGCAGCCCGACCGCCUCACUGCCUACUUGGUCAUCGCGCUGGCGGCCGUGUCUUCUCUCUUCCUCUUGUCUCUGCUGCUCUUCGUGGCCGUCAGGCUGUGCAGGAGGAGCAGGGCGCGCUCGCUGGCCGGCUGCGCGCUGCCCGAUGGCCCCUUGCCUGGACACCUGCUGGACAUGAGUGGCACGGGGACCCUGGCCCACAGCUACCAGUAUGAGGUGUGUCUGCAGGGAGGUGCUGGCACCAAUGAGUUCAAAUUCCUGAAGCCUAUCAUCCCCAAUCUCCAGUCCCAUGGCUCUGGGAAGGAGGUAGAGGAAAAUUCUCCCUUCCGAAACAGUUUAGGUUUAAAUUACUGA